CGCGGCGGUGCGAAGAGAAUUUUGAGAGAAAUUAAUAUCUGAAAACUCGAGGUGGAGCGAGGGAGGUUAUGGCCGCUCCUAGCCUCGCACAGGGUGAUUUUGGGGUAUGGCCGCGCCCGUGGAACACCAAAGCGCUGUGAUUGGCUGCCGCUCGACUGCUCUGCGUACCUCUCACAGGAGGACCACUAGUGGCGGGGCGGGGUGGUGAAGUCAGCAAGUGGUGGGUUAACACACUAAAAUGGCGACGUCCAAAUCCACAAGCACUUACAACAGACAAAAUUGGGAAGAUGCGGAAUUCCCAAUUCUUUGCCAGACCUGUCUGGGUGACAACCCCUACAUUCGGAUGACAAAAGACAAGUAUGGGAAGGAAUGCAAAAUUUGCUCUCGUCCAUUCACUGUAUUCCGCUGGUGUCCUGGUGCCAGGAUGCGUUUUAAGAAGACAGAAGUUUGCCAGACAUGCAGUCGUUUAAAGAAUGUGUGUCAGACAUGCUUGCUUGAUUUGGAGUAUGGAUUGCCUAUUCAGGUCCGGGAUGCCGCUCUCCGCAUCAAAGAUGACCUUCCUCGGUCAGAAGUCAAUAAAGAAUACUACAUUCAGAAUAUGGACAGAGAGGGUGGUAAAUUGGAUCCAACUUCUGCUACUGGUGCAGUAGGAAAAUCACAAGCAGCUAGUGAUCUAUUAAUGAAGUUGGCACGUACCAGCCCAUACUACAAACGUAACAGACCACACAUCUGUUCAUUUUGGGUCAAAGGCGAGUGUAAAAGAGGUGAAGAAUGUCCAUAUCGGCAUGAGAAGCCGACUGAUCCAGACGACCCACUUGCAGAUCAAAAUAUUAAGGACAGGUAUUAUGGUACCAAUGAUCCUGUUGCUGACAAGUUGAUGCGACGUGCUGACUCAAUGCCCAAACUGGAACCCCCAGAAGACAGGAGCAUUACCACUCUUUAUAUUGGUAAUUUAGGAGAAAAACUGGGCGAAAAGGAGUUGAGGGAUCACUUUUACCAGUAUGGUGAAAUCCGAGCCAUCACUGUUGUCAGUCGCCAGCAGUGUGCAUUUGUGCAAUUUACUCAACGUCAACCUGCAGAGAUUGCAGCUGAAAGGACUUUCAACAAACUUAUUCUUGGUGGUAGAAGGCUCACCAUCAAAUGGGGCCGGUCACAAGGUCGCCAGGGAGGUGAGGGCGGUGAGCAGGGCGACGGUGAGGACAUGUUGGAGCCUGUGCCAGGACUUCCGGGCACGCUUCCGCCGCCACCAACAGACAUGCGCAACAAUUUCUUCAACCUGGCUGCUCCCGCGGCCGCUGCGGCUGCCGCCGCCGCUGCCUCCUCCUCCGAUGGCAUGAUGCAGCCUAUGAUGAUUCCGCCGCCUCCAAUGGUCCCCAUGGGCCGGCCACCGCCGGGGAUUGUACCUCCAGGGCCGCCGCCGCUCAUGCGGCCCCCGCCCGUCGCAGCGGCAGGCGCCACAACGCCGUUCUACUUCCCUCAGGUCAUGAGGCCACCUCCUGGCGUACGCCCGCCCCAUCCGCCACCCAUGUUCCCGCCUGGAACCGCACCCAUGUACCCCAGGUCUGUGACGAACCCUGCGCCACUGGCGCCACCAGGAACAGGUACCAUUCACUACCCUUCGCAGGAUCCUUCGAGAAUGGGAACUGCGCAGUUGGGCAGCAAGGAUUAAGAAAUAAUUUUAACCCUUGUACUGUGUAUAUUGACGCUCAUAUUGUUUUUUUAAAUGAAAGUCGGUUUUCUUUUUGGUAUGAAUUUUGCAUAAGUUUUAAGUUUCAAUCAUUGGUAUUUGUAAGGUAAUUUGUACAUUGUCUCAAAUCCAGGACAUUGUUUGCUGUAUGUCAUUUUGAUAAGUGGCUUUAUAGAGGUCAGUUAUCAUUGAAAUCAAACAACACAUGUCUUAAGCAAAGUUUUAAAAUUUCAUCAAUAAAAUAUAAGGAGAGAAGCAAGGUCAAAA